AUUGAGCAGGUGUCAUGUGUAAGUCACCUGUCUCUUUAUUCCAGGUGUGUUAGGAGCAACACCUGUUGAGAUUGAGCAUCAUCUGGAAAUGGGCCGUAAGCUGCUGGCAGCCGGACAGCUGGCUGAGGCCCUGUCUCACUAUCAUUCAGCUGUGGAGGGUGACUCUAAGAACUACCUGACAUACUACAAACGGGCCGCUGUUUUCCUGGCUAUGGGAAAGUCCAAGUCAGCUCUGCCUGACCUGUCCCAGGCCAUACAGCUCAAGCCAGACUUCCUUGCGGCCAGACUGCAGAGGGCUAAUAUUCUACUGAAACAGGGAAGUACUCAAGAGGCUAGAGAAGACUUCCAAGCAGUACUGAAGCGUUCCCCGAAUCAUGAGGAAGCACAUGAUCAGCUCCGCAAGGCCGAGGAGCUGGAGUUACUCCAGGAAGAGGCACAUGAGGCCCAUCACCGUGGAGACUACAGCACUACUGUCCAGGUGCUGGAGAAAGUCAUAGAGCUCUCUCCUUGGGAUCCAGAGUCUCGAGAACUACGAGCCGAGUGCUACAUCCGACUCGGGGAUCCACGGAAGGCCAUUAUGGACCUGACACCAGCCACACGUCUCCGUGCGGACAACCGAGCAGCCUUCCUCAAACUCAGCCAACUCCAUUACAGUUUAGGAGAUCAUCACGACUCGCUUAAUCAGGUCCGUGAGUGUCUGAAGCUGGAUCAGGAUGAUAAGGAGUGUUUCGCUCACUACAAACAGGCCAAGAAGCUCAGCAAGCAGCUGGACUCUGCAGAAGAGCUGAUCUCAGAACAGAGGUAUCAGGAGGCCACUGAGAAGUAUGAAUCUGUGAUGCGAACAGAGCCGAACGUGGCAUUCUACACUAAUAAAGCAAAGGAGAGGAUCUGCUUCUGCUUAGUCAAAAUGAAGAGUGCUGAGGAGGCCGUAGACAUUUGUUCAGAAGCCCACCAGAGAGAACCUCAGAAUAUCCACAUCCUCCGGGACCGAGCGGAGGCCUACAUCUUACUGCAGGAAUAUGAGAAAGCUGUGGAAGACUAUCAGGAGGCACGGGAGUUUGAUCAGGACAACCAGGAGAUUCGUGAAGGUCUUGACCGAGCACAGAAGCUCCUCAAGCAGUCUCACAAGAGAGACUAUUACAAGAUCCUGGGGGUCAGCAGGAGUGCCAACAAACAGGAAAUCAUAAAAGCGUAUAGAAAGCUGGCUCAGCAGUGGCAUCCUGAUAAUUUCCAGUCUGAAGCAGACAAGAAAGAGGCAGAGAAAAAGUUUAUCGAUAUCGCAUCCGCAAAGGAAGUGCUCACAGAUCCAGAAAUGCGUCAGAAAUUUGAUUCGGGCGAGGACCCUCUGGACCCUGAGAAUCAGCAGGGUGGAGGAGGCAGAGAAUGGCCCUUUGGCUUCAACCCCUUUGAGGGCGGAAACUUUCACUUCAAGUUCCACUACAACUGAUAACAGAGAGGCUGAUGCAGUAUAAACGGACAAUGAUUUGGACUAAGAAACCUGGCUAGAGAACCUGCUUUAUCCAAACUGAACUUUGGAGGAAACUUAUCAAACAGGGAGUUUUUGUUGUUGUUGUUGAGACUUGAAUCCACAGGCUGUUUUGGACUUCUCCAGGAGCAAAUUACUUGAUCGGGCAAACACUACUAGUUUGGUGUUUGAUUUCCUGUCCUUCAAUACGUAAAAAUGGAGUCUAGUUGAACUUGGAGUCUUAACUGGAGUCAUUUUGGCUCAAAAAUGUUGAUCUUUCUUUGACAUAUGUGCCAUCUUUAACAUCACUUUGUCUUGCUCAUUCUCUUUUUUCUGCUGCUUGUGUUUGUUUUCUUUGAAUAACACUCCAGAAUUUAGGGUUGUGGUUUCUUUUAGACUGUGCCAUGUACUUCUGACACCAGUAUGUCAUAUUUGCGUUCUUAAAGAUUCAGCGCUGACAUGCCGGCAGUCUUGAAAUAGAUAAAACUGUAUUGCACGCUUUUUGGCAAAGGAGGUACCUUUUCUCAUAUCUUUGUCUCAUUUUUAUUUAAUUUUUUUAACCCAACUGCAUAAAACUACCAGAUAUGAACAUGCUUUAUAACUGCUUCAAAGCCUGACACCUUUGAUCUGAUACCAGUUUGCACAAGUUUUUUUUUUUUUUUUUUUACUGAAAUCUUUGCUAAAAGUUUACGUGACAGAAUGUGUAUGAUCAUUCGACAGCUGUUGCAGAUGAUAAAUCAGAUGAAAGGCUAUGAAGCAGUCUUUAUUUGGUUGAAGUUUUUUUCUCUUAAUAUAUCAACAGGUCAAUGUCCCACAACAAAGCUUUAUGUAAACUUAAGGAGUUACCUCUGCACUUUCGAGUUGAAGGUCAACCACUUAAGAGAUCACUAGCUAUUGGGGGAAAAAAAAAGAAGCAAUAUUUGAAGAUUUAUGAAAUGUGGCAAAAGUAAUUUAAAAGGUUUGCAGGUUUUUUGGGUGUAUGCUUGUUAGUUUGUGCUGACAUGCCAAUGCAAUGACCUUACUGAUGUUAAGGACAUAGGUCUUCCUAAUGUUUUAUGCUUGUUUUUCAUUUGUUUUAAGCUAAACAAAUUCAUGAAAGUCUCCAAGAUUAUACUGUAUUUAAGAAAGAGUAUUGAAGA